CCGAGACCGGUGCUCUCUCCGAAUAAACUAAAAACAAGUAGAACGUGAAGAUGAAAGAGAAGGCAAGAAACGCACAAGGGACGUCUGCAAAUUGGGCUUCGUUCCUCGUUCCCAUUUAUUUAAUCAAAUCGUUAAAGAAACUCCAAUUGUAUAUAUUUUCUUGCUCGGAGGAAUCGAUUUAUUAAGAGCGGAAGCGGUGAAGGUUCUACCACAGACACAGACAGGAGAACAUCUAUUCGUACAUGUCCUGAUUCUCUCUCUCUCUCUCUCCGAGGACGUGCUACAAACUGCGUUCUCCUACUCCUCAUGCAUCACCCUCAAGUAAACUAAACUGUGAUCAAUGCAACUACGAUGACCUGAAUUUGGCGGUGGAUUUGAUCUAUACUUUGGGAGAAGCUUGAGGUGUCAGCUCAGCAGUUAAUUAACAGAAUUGAGCAGAGCACAUAAUAUGGUUUUGUAAUGGGAACCCAUAACGCAGAGAAGAAAUGGGUGUUCCCGCUUGUUGUGACCUCUCUAAUUUUCAUCUUCCUCAUCGCUACAUCCUUCAACAUGGGUCUUAUAUCUUCAUUACACAAAAUCAACUCAUUCUUCUCCAUCCUUCCAUUGCGCAUCUCUUUAAACCAAACAGAGCCUAUUUAUUUUGAAUCAAAGCUUUCACAAUUAGCACCCCCACCUGCUGCCCCUCCUAUUCCUCGGCUAGCUUACCUUGUCUCUGGAUCAAAAGGUGAUUUGGAGAAGCUCUGGAGGACGCUCCGUGCAUUGUAUCACCCAUUGAACCUGUACAUUGUUCAUAUGGACUUGGAGGCACCGGCUGCAGAAAGAUUGGAGCUGGCUUCUCGCGUGGAAAAUGAUACAGUUUUUGCAAAAGUUGGGAAUGUUCGCAUGAUUACGAAAGCUAAUAUGGUUACUUACAGAGGACCCACGAUGGUUGCUAAUACUCUUCACGCCUGUGCCAUUCUUCUCAAGGAAAAUAAGGAAUGGGAUUGGUUCAUAAACCUCAGUGCUUCAGAUUAUCCUCUUGUAACACAGGAUGAUAUUCUGCACACAUUUUCUACUUUGGACAGAAACCUGAAUUUCAUAGAGCAUACAAGUCAGCUAGGGUGGAAAGAGGAACAUAGAGCAAUGCCAUUGAUUUUUGAUCCUGGACUCUACAUGUCAACAAAGUCAGAUGUUUUCUGGGCUUCUGAAAAGAGAUCACUUCCAACAACAUUCAAGCUAUUCACUGGAUCAGCAUGGAUGGUUCUAUCGCGUUCAUUUGUACAGUACUGCAUAUGGGGCUGGGAUAAUUUGCCAAGAAUCCUCCUCAUGUACUACACCAACUUCAUCUCUUCUCCUGAAGGGUACUUCCAAACAGUCAUCUGCAAUGUGCCAGAGUUUGCAAAUACUACUGUCAACCAUGAUAUGCACUACAUAGCAUGGGACAUUCCCCCAAAACAGCAUCCUCUCACCCUUGAUGUUAACCACACAAGCAAGAUGAUUGAAAGCAAUGCCCCCUUUGCUAGAAAAUUCAAACAAGAUGACCCUGUCUUGGAUAAGAUUGAUGUCGAACUCCUUGGCCGGAAAAACACAAGCUUCACGCCUGGUGGUUGGUGCUCCGGCAACCCUCCUUGCUCCGAGGUGGGUGAUCCAUACCAUCUUAAACCAGGACCAGGUUCAGACAGGCUUGCAGAUCUCAUGGUUAGGUUAGUUUUGUCCCCUCAGUUUGCUCAAAACCAGUGUAAAUAGAGAAUGUAGAAACAAUUGUAAUUGCAGUUGGCCAGAUUCACCAUCCACCAAUUGUUAAUUGUAAUCAACUGAAGAGCUUCCAAUGAUGGCCAAUUCUUCCUGAUCUGUCAUGUGGUGAGAAACUUAUAGCUAUAAUGAACCCAUGACAUAUAUUGUGAGGCCUUAGGUUGUUGCCCCAGCAAAUAUUCAUCUACCAAUAUCCAUAAAUACUUUGUUUUUCAGGAUUAAUCAGUGAUGAAGAAAAAGCACCAGAAAUUCA